UUUCUACGACACGGUUCAGUGACGUCAUGGCGCAUGCGCAGCCACGUACAAUCGGUUGUGUUGUCGUCUGCUAGUACUCGGUUGGCGCUGGCCUCAAUUUAGUCUAGUUGCAGCAACGAUUCCAGUCGCGCUGUCAAAAGUUUUGUGCGCCAUGCCAUCAAGCAAACUUGGUCUUCCCGACUGAUUGUUUGCUUUUUUUUGGUUACCUGAGGUGCUAAUUACCGACUGGUGCUCUGUGUUUUACAUCAGGAAAAGUGAAAUAUGCUAAUUUGGCUCAUAUCCACUGCCGCCGUUUGCAUUUUGCUCGGUGCAAUUCUAACUCUGUGGGUCGAGUGGCACCUAUUUUCACAGCCAGUCCGGUCUCAUCGACUUUCCCAUGAUGAUGACGAAACACGGAUUGAGGCUGACAAUCCCAUUGAGCUCCCAGAGGAAUUAUUAGCGGAACUGGAGGCACUUGUCGAUCGGUCAAGCAGCGCCGAUUCCGUCGGUUCGUGCAAUAAAGAUGAAACGCUGUUGGCUAUCAACUUGCUCGUGCAAUUCUUUUUCCGCGAACUACGAUCCCAAGGGCCAGUCCGCCGCUUUCUUCUUCGUCGGAUCAAUCAAGAAAUGGAAGAAGUCCUCACCAGAGGAGCAGUUAGCAAAAUCAUCAAAGGUCUCAAGAUUUACGACGUUGAAAUGGGGUCAAGAGCACCGUCCAUUCAUCAAAUCGGUGUCCACAGGGUCGGUAUGGAUGAUGACCGAAAACAAAUGGAGUCGGUGGAUUUCGAUCUCACCAUUGACUAUAGCGGAGGACUGGGUAUAGCGAUCGAUGUAGCCUUGGCCUACGGCAAAUCCGCUUUUCUUUCAGCUAAAGUGUCUCGUCUAAAAGGCCAAGUCAGAUUAAGUUUCUCACGGAGACCGUAUUCACACUGGUCUGUGGCUUUUGCGAUGCCACCGCAGCUGGAUGUUGAUGUGACAUCCAGGGUUCAAGGAAGAUCUUUUAGCCACGUGACAAGCCUGGUCUCAUCACAGAUUCAUAAAUGGAUUCAAAGGAAAUACACCCUACCCUCUAGCCGAAUGCGUCAUCGACCGUUUUUCCCACAUCCGAACCAGCUCCUCCUUCCCACAAGCUCCUCACAAACUCCUCCGCCUCCCACGACUUCACCGAUUCGUAGAGGCUCCCUAGAAGUCACUGUAUUGGAUAUAGCCCGUCUGAAUCCUUUGCUCCAAGGGGAAGGAGUUUACUGUACCAUGGCGCUAGACAACAGUCCCUGGCUCAAUGCUUCCCCGUCGGAGACAGAAGGGAGAGUAGUCCUUGACAUCCGCAUGAUUCGACGCCUACAUCAGUCUCUAGGAAUUCAAUUUCAACAGCAAUCGUCCUCACCAGAAUCUUCACCGUUAGAAGAAACUGGUAAAGAGUGGAAACCGGCCAAUCAUGGAGCACCAGUGUUUGAAAUAGAAUCUGAUUCUGCGGCUGAAGACGCAGGACUCAAAAUCGGCGAUAUUAUCUUGCAAGUUGAUGAGACUACCGUCCUCUCAGGCGAAGACGUCAUCAAAGCUGUUCACAAAUCCAGUGAUCUCUUUGUCAUUCUCCGGGUUGAUCGACUACUCGCACGUAGGAGAGGAUCCAUGAUGCGCUACGAUACGACGCCGUCAAUGACUUUCGAUGGUUUUGACGAAAGAUCGCUGGCAAAUGCUGCUGUCGCGCCUGUUUGGGAUGAGCCCGGAUCACAUCUUUUCCUACCCGCUAAUAAUCUGCCAUCCAUUAAUAAACUCAAUCAAGCAUUGGAUAUCAAGCGAACUACUACCCGUCCUCUAGAAAAGGUGAUUCAUUUGGGUGACACUUUAAAAUUUCACGUAGCGCCAGCUGGUCAGCACCGCUUCCUAAACUUAUCCAUCUGGUUGACGGGUGUUCCCGCGGUCGACGAGACGACGAUGACCGGCAAGAAUAGCAGCGGCAAGCCUUCAUCAUCGACAACGACUAGCCCGAGUAAAUCGUCCGUUGCCAAGUCCAAUUUGACCAAUUUGUUCAAAAAACAUUCACCGCUUCAUCAAGUGGAAAGCAAAGGAUCUACUGGAACUAAAGAGCAGUCGAAAGACGUUCCAAUUGGCUACGUAAAUAUUAGCCUCCCGGAAGUUGUGGCUGACUGUCAGCUCAAUACACAGGGUCAUCACAUAUCCACCUAUCAGCUCUAUCCGGCGGAUGUCAAGGCGAAUUUAGGCCGCCAGAGUCCGUCAAGCCAUCAGUUGGGUUUUGAUCCACGUCUUUGCUAUGGGGACAUUUCGUUGUCGUUUGUCUAUCGUCCGGAUAAAGAUGACGACUUACCAUCGCCCGACUUGGAUUCGGACAUAGUUGAUGGCAUUCCAUAUCCACUUUCCCCUUUAACUCACCUGACAACACAUCAUCUGCUAUCACCACUUGUUGAAAUGGCACGACCUGCCGUUGACAUUAUGGUCAACGAUUCAAUGCCAAUGCACCAUUUCGUCCUUACGCAAUUUAUUAACGUCCGUCUGUGCGAUUUCUGCCGGAAAAAGAUUUGGUUGAGGGAAGCGUUCAAGUGUGGCAAUUGCGAACUGGUAUGCCACAAGAAAUGUAUCAAGCGUUUUCCUGACCGGAAGUGGUGUGGUAUUGACGAUUUCUUUCUUCCCACCAUGCCGAUCGCGAUAGACACGCCCAAGGUUUCCACUCAUUAUUUAUUAAACAAUAUACAACGAUCGCUUCUGAAGGUCGAUCCGGAAGAAAAUCCGUUUCUGUCUACGGAAGAGGAUGUCGACGAACUUGUGGAACUGGAAUCAGCCGUCGAGCGGUUGCAGUCACGUGAACACGAUGAGUCGCUGAUGCGUCUGGCCAAGGAUUCCGGCAAGGAAAUUUACAGUCAUUUAAACAGUGGCCAGCGCCGAGCCAGAAUCACUUCAAUGCUUCAGAGACUGGAAUCGGCAACCGAAAUGGAAAUCCUCCGUCGCUACGAAUUGGCCGCUCGUUUGGAUCGACCCGAUGGAACUCCCUGGUCCGGCGACGAAAAACAGAAACUGGAGAAAGAAGCGGAAUUGUGCGAAGCAAGGCGACAGGCUCUCGUCCUCCUCCUCCUACAUUAUAGCGCCGGAUUGCAGAAUGUCGAAGAGGCGGAGCGAGAUUCGAAACUUUGUGAUUGAUUCAGUUUGUUUAGUAAAAUUUUUUUUUUUCCUCCUUGAUGCGUACUUGGGCUGUGUUGACGGCCUUACGCGAUCGUCCAAAGAAUUAACCGAUACACAUUCCACCGUU